AUGGUCGACGAGCUUCAACAUCUUCCCGUACAUUACGCGGCUUGGUACGGCCACGAGCAGACUAUGCAGCUCCUCCUCGCCGUCUCUGACAGUGCGCAGACGCCCUCGGCCACCAAGGUCGACUCUCCGGACAAAUCCUGCUUGGAGGACAGCGAGAUCGAUCUGAUCCCCUCACUUUCCCUUCCGCCACCGAUUAUGCCGCACCGCGUAUACGGGCACAACUACCUCGAUCGAAGUUUCCUCGUACAGGUGUCUCUGAGCGGGAAUAACUUCCCCCACGACCCGCUCGGUGUGCGCCUGCAUCGGCGACUGCUCAGCCCGGCUUUCCGUGACGAGUACCUCCUGAAGAGCACGCCCCUCAAGCUAGUGAUGACCGCGGACCCAAGCGGCUCGCGUGCUCUAUUCACUUUGUCAUUGCCACAAUCCGCGGACGAUCAGGCGACAUUCUCGUUUCAGAUCCCGUCGCUGGAGGCAUUGUCGUUGGAGUUCUCGAUCUAUCCGAAUUUCGGAACGAGGACCAUCGGGCGGGCGGUGGCGCUGCCUUCAAUGUUCGCGAAUGCGCUGGGGCAAGGAAGGUUUGUUCUACCGAUCUUGGAUACGAGGCUGCAUGUUAUUGGCGAGGUGUCCUUCGACCUGAGCAUAAUCACACCCUUCGACCAAGCCACGCUUGCCAUCGGCGGCGACGUCGAAACUUACUGGAAAUCAAUGUCCGGGCCCUCCAUCUCCCAACCAGGCCUCCCCUCCCUACCCCAACGCUCGACCUUCUUCGGUUCCCAGCAGACAUCGCCAUCGGCCCAAUCGGUUGUCAGCGCCUCCGGCCUGUCCAUUGCCAGCGCCUCCGGACCACAGCAUAUUACCGUCUCUUCUCUCCAGGGCGAGUAUGUUACUGCGGUCGUGCAGCUUACGAAGGACGGGAAGCCUGUUGUAUACGCCGAGGACUUGCUCCCCGAUGUAGGAUUGGGAUUGGAAGUUGACGCGGGGCAAGUGACGCUGGCGCAGUUCGAGGCGUUGGCCAGCAGGCUGGGGCGCGCUACGAUGUCUGCCGAGGGAUCCGGUGCACCAUCCUAUGCGCGUGCCAUGGGACGGGCGAUGCUGCCAUUGGGCAGGCUCUUGAGGACGUUACCGUACAACAUAGGAUUGAACCUCCGAUUACGACCGCCCAUUGACUCAAGAUCACAUCGACACUCUGCAUACGUGGACGUCAACGGCUUCGUGGAUGCGGUCUUGCGGGACAUAUACGACACAACGGCGCUCAUCGACCCCCGCACCGUGCGGAGACGACUCAUGUUCAGCUCGUCGUCCCCGGAGGUUAGCGCCGCGCUCAAUUGGAAGCAGCCCAACUACCCGGUCUUCUUUUCGACCCAAUCAUCGGCAACUGGGACAUCACCACUGGAUGAGCGGCAGAGCCUGAGCAUCGGAGAGGCGGUCGACUUCGCACGGUCUAAUAAUCUCCUGGGAAUCUUUGCUGAUGGCAAUAUGCUUGCUCGUGUACUCUCUCUCUUGGAAGCUGUACGCGACGCGGGACUGUUGAUCGGCGUCCAUGGCGGAGGUGGUGAUCAUAUCGCAAGUCUAGUAGACGCGUAUACUGAGGGUGAUCUGGUUGUGUACGCCAAAAGGACAGCUAUAGAUGAUCUGUAG